AUGACUGAUAUUCCAUAUUCGAGACCAAGUUUUGUUUUUAAUAAUCAUAGAACAUAUUAUAUACCUAAUCAUUCAUAUAAUACAUUUGGAAAUGCAUCAAAUUUUACUAGUAGUGAUUAUUUAAAUUAUACAAAAAAAUCAAAUGAUAUAAAAAAUUCAAAACAUUCAAUAGAAAAUGAAAAAAUUCAUUCUAAUUAUAAUAAUGAUAUAAAUGGAUUUAAAAAUUAUUAUGAAAAAUCUUAUGACAAAACAAUUCAAAAUGAUUCAAAAAAAAAUACAUUGGUAGAAAAUACGUUAAAUUAUCAAAAAAAUAUAAUCAAACCAUUGUCAUAUAAUUCUCCUAUAAGUAAACAUUAUUUACAACUUAAUUAUAGAAAACCCAUAUUUUCAUCCGAAAAUUUAUUAAUAAAAAAAAAUGACUAUAUAAGAAAACCAGCUGUACCUCCAAGGCCUUCAUUGUAUGAAAGAAAUAACUAUGAAAAACCUUUCAUAGUACCAGAAAUAAAGAAUAAAUUAAAAAAACAAUAUAUUAAUGAAGAAAAAAAGGAUAGUAGUGACAGUAUUGAUAAUGAUUUUGAAAUUAAAAAUGAAUUAAAUUGUCAACAAAAUGAAUCAAUUUGUACAUUAAGGCAUUGUGGGGAGUAUUCUGAUAAUAAUACAUCACAAAAAAAUACAAAAUCAACUAAUACUCAUGAUUCAGAUUGUAAAAAAGAAGAUAUUAAUGGUAUUACGGAACAUUUGAGUGAAUUAAAUUUUACAUCAAUAUCUUGCCAAGAAGAUAACGAUACUAGCACAAAUGAUGAAUCAAAUAUUUUGUUAUCAUUUGAAUUAGCAAAUUUAAAACCUGUCUCAACCAUUGAAAGACACGCAAGAAUAAUACAAUGGAUUCAUGCAUCAUCUGAUUUUUCACAUUUUCCACCAACAGAUGAGUUAUCAACAGAUUUUAAUGAUGAAAUAAAUGAUAAAUUUACAAUAAGAUCAUUAUGUGUUUAA